AUGUCUGCGUUGUAUGAGCAGCAGAUUGCAAUGAAAAACAGGCGGCGCGUGCUCGACUUGGAGAUCGACACCUAUGUGAAGCUCAAGAGCAGGCUACUUGGGUAUCUUACUGCUGCUCGCGAGAACAGACUGGUUUCUGUGGACUCCGAAGAGCUGAGCAAAGCACAGGCCGAGCUGGAUCUGGCGCGGUUCAGGACGAACCUGAACCUCAUGGUGGACUCGCUCAAGUACACAAAUGCAAGCAAGGACGCCGAGGCGAUGGAAACGUCCAUCAACGCCAAGCUGCUUGCGUACAUCGACAAAGAAGUGGAGGAAAGCAAGCAGCUCACGAAGAAAAUCGAAAAUGCCAAGGAGCUGCUGAAGAACCGUCGCAAAAUCAACUCUGUUGUCCAGCGGUAUCUGCGUCGCUCGCGCACUAUCACCCUGACCAGAGAAGAGAUAGAGACGCUUUUUGGCGACGAGAUCGACGCUGCGUCGAUCGUGAAAAAUGGUCGCGAGGUCAGAAAUAACGUGUACGAGUUCCAGCUCAGCAGCGCCUCAUUCCAGCAGAGUUUCCAGCAGCUGACGGCCCAGAUAGACGCCAAGAUUGCUGAGUGCGACAAUUUCAGGACGCAGAUCGAGGAGAGCAAGCGCAAAUGGGAAGCUCUGGCUUCCAAGCUCUCCGAGAUCCUCACACAGAUACAGCAUAUAGAGAUAUGA